AUGGGCGUUCCGGAGCUGACGGCCAUUGGUGGCCCAACAUAUACUACUGCCCAGACCCUUAUCCAGCAGGUGGCUUAUGCGUUGUCGGAUAAGAUAUUCUCAUACUCACCGGAGUCAUUCAACCUUGACUCGGCCGUCAAACAGUGGGCUUUGAAGGGGGAACUCAAUACAAAUGGAGAAGCAACUACGAGCCAGUCGCUCCAAACCCGCCAGGGAGCUGGUUCGAUUGCCCUCGGCUAUUUGUUCUCUAAGGACUUUGACUUGAAGAAGAGACGUGUACCACAAGGAAUUUUGGCUUCGUCUGCCACGCUGAACUAUCUGCGGGCAUCUUUGGAGCAGUUGUCCUUACUCUAUGCUGUUGCCAGUCCCGUCGUCGCGCACGUGGCCGCCUUGGAUUAUGCCGGUGGACACUUGGUUUCGGAUUAUGAAACAGCAUUAAAUUUGGUUGAAGAUCUCGGUCUUGGUCUGGUGUCUAGCUCUUCUUCUCACGAGGCGCAACAUAUGGCCCUCUUCUCAACGCUAAUCGCAGCAGUGUUGCCCACCAUUCAUAUUUAUGACGGAGUCCGCGUCGGCCGUGACAACACCCGGGUUAUCGAUGUUCUUGACCAAACUGGCCUUAACCGCACUUAUCAAGCCGUCCAGAAGAGCCUCGAAGAUACGCGCGCAAAACAUUUGGAUGAGCAAGGAAAAGUUCUGGAAGUUUUGCAGGCUUUCAAUAACGAGCUAGGCACCGAGUAUGGACUAUUCGAGUACCACGGUCAUGAUGAGCCGACUUCCGUCCUAGUGGUUUUCGGUACUGUGGAGGCUUCAAUUACAUCCCAAAUUGCUCGUAAUCUUAGCAAGGAAAGUGCACGUAUCGGUGUCGUUAACGUACGAGUCUAUCGUCCAUUCGUGGAAGAAGAGUUUCUCCGUGUUUUGCCUAAAACCGUCAAGACCGUGGGAGUCCUUGGUCAAGUUCGGGACCAGCAGUCUGUCCAGGAAGAAGGCGUUCACUCUGCCCUGUAUGAUGAUGUUCUCGCCGCUUUGACUUUUGCCAGUGACCGCGAUGAUAUCCCCGUCUGCCUAGACCUGAAGUACGACCGGGCUUACCAGUGGACAGCUAUAACUGUUGCUGCUGCGUUCCAACGCGUGGUCGAAAAGCCCCUUUUGUUGAAUGUCCAGAGUCCGGCACCUCUUCAGCUCCUUGACCGUGCGAAUGUUCAGGAGUAUACUUUCUGGGAUUUGGAUGACGGCCAAUCUCAUGAUGCCGUCACUGCAUUGACGCAAGCGUUGGCCAAGGACUCUGCUGCAAAUAUCACUACUAGCACGACUUUCGAUAACCUGGUUCAAGGUGGUGUCAUUCGAAUUGAUAUUCGCAAGAGCAGGAAGACUGUGAAUGCACCGUAUGCCGUAACCGCAGCAGAUGUCGCUUAUGUUGGCGAUAUCAAAAUCCUAAGUGAGAUUGAUAUUCUGUCAUCCGUGAAGAACAACGGCCAAAUAAUUGUCAAUGUACCCGGUCUCAAGGAUGAUGAAUUGGAGAAGAAAUUGCCCAUUGCUAUUCAACAGCAGAUAUCCAAGCGUGGAAUUGCGUUUUCUAUCUUGGACGCUUCAAAUGCCAGCGAAUCCAUUUCACAAUCUACUAUCAUACAAGCUGCCUUCUUGCAUGCUAGUCAGAUUUCGAUAAAUACUUCGAAAUUUGAAGAUUCCGGCGUCCUGGAAAACGUGCAGAAAGACCUUGACACUCUGUUGCGAAGAGUCCAGAUUCCAGAGGCAUGGGCAACGGCAGAAGUACCCUCUGAUGCUCCUGAGCUUUCUAAGGACAUUGCUGCAACGGCGUUUGCACCAUUCGACAAGAAUGAAACGGAGCCCGCUUCGUUGCUGAAGGAUUGGAAAACAGUUGCUAAAGGACUAGCCUUCAAGGAAGCAUACGGUGUUCAGAACGCGCUGCGUCCUGAUGUCAACACGAAGACUUUUACUGUUCAUGUUAAAGAGAACCGAAGACUUACCCCCGUCACUUACGAUCGCAACAUUUUCCACAUAGAAUUUGACCUUGGCGAUUCCGGUCUUAAGUAUGAUAUCGGUGAAGCUCUUGGAGUACACGCAGAGAAUGAUCCUGAAGAUGUUCUGGCAUUUAUCAAAUUCUAUGGUUUGAAUCCCGACGAAGUGGUCGAAGUCCCUAACCGAGACGACCCAACGAUAUUGGAGAACCGCACCGUGUACCAGUCUUUGAUUCAAAAUAUUGAUCUUUUUGGCCGUCCUCCUAAGCGAUUUUAUGAAGCGCUUGCUGAUUUCGCAACUGAAGAGAAGGAAAAGAAGGAGUUGCUCACUCUGGGUGGACCCGAGGGAGCUGUCGAGUUCAAACGACGUGCAGAAGUCGACACCAUCACCUAUGCUGAUAUCCUGCUCGAGUUCCGAUCAGCUCAUCCUAAGUUCCACGACAUCGUACGUAUUGUCAGCCCGAUGAAGCGCCGAGAGUACUCUAUUGCAUCUUGCCAGAAGGUGACUCCAACUUCCGUGGCCUUGAUGAUUGUCGUUGUGAACUGGGUCGAUCCUCGAGGUCGGGAUCGAUUUGGUCAAGCUACAAGAUACUUGAGUGGACUCAGACCAGGUACUCCAGUGACUGUCAGUGUCAAACCCAGUGUGAUGAAGUUACCCCCCCGCUCAACUCAGCCAAUCAUCAUGGCUGGACUCGGAACAGGCUUGGCACCCUUCCGCGCAUUUGUCCAACAUCGCGCUCUCGAAAAGGCCCAGGGCAAGGAAAUUGGCUCUGUUCUCUUGUACAUGGGAUCGCGUCACCAACGAGAAGAGUAUUGCUAUGGCGAGGAAUGGGAGGCAUAUCAGGCUGCAGGUGUCAUUACACUCCUAGGUCGGGCUUUCUCUCGUGACCAGCCUCAGAAGAUCUACAUUCAGGACCGCAUGCGCCAGACUCUUCCCGAGAUUGUCCAGGCCUAUAUCCGUGAAGAAGGCGCAUUCUAUCUUUGUGGUCCCACCUGGCCAGUCCCCGAUGUAACGAGUGUGUUAGAGGAAGCCAUUGCUACCGAGGCCAAGUCCUUGGGUAAGAAGGUCGAACCCCGUAAGGAGAUUGAGAAGCUGAAGGAGCAAGAAAGAUAUGUUUUGGAAGUUUAUUAG